AUGUUAUAUCGUCUCAUCAAACGUACGCCAAAUGGUAUUCAGUCGAUUUUGGACUAUUUGGACGAAUUCAUUCGAACUGAAGCGCUCAACGAUAUGAUGGCAAAUGCGGCCACAAUUACAACUGAUCCAGAAAAAUAUGUGGAGCAAUUGUUGUCAAUGUUCUCAAGAUUUAGCGCUUUGGUGGCGUCGGCUUUCUAUGAUGACCCUCGUUUUUUGACGGCUCGAGACAAGGCAUUCCAGGAUGUGGUGAAUGAUACGUGCAUAUUCAAAAUGGAAAUUGCUAGUUCGAAGUCGAAGCAGAAUGAGAUGGUGCUAUUGGUACUGAAGUAUGUGUCGAACAAGGACGUUUUUAUGCGUUUCCACAAAGCGCAUUUAGCACGUAGGCUGAUACUUGAGAUGAGUGCCGAUCAGGAAAAAGAGGAAAAUAUGGUGACGAGAUUACGAGAUGCUGGAAUGCCAGCGGAUUUUGUAAAUAAGCUUUAUCGUAUGUUACAAGAUAUCGAGGUGAACAAGGAUCUGAACGCUGCAUUCAAGAAAUCAAUUGGUUCGAAUAAUAAUUGCAUUGCG